GGCAUCCGACCUUCUAUACAGCACGUGGAAAGAUGGGUCGUCCGAUAACCCGGCUCUUGAAGGACCAACCACGCGGCGGUCUCUGCUCCCUGCCCGUGUGACAGUACGGAACUUCGUUUAUUGACCACGGGCUGCUCAUCAUCUCCGGCUCCAGACUCACGCAGUCCGCAGCCCUGCCUCAGGGCGCCAGCCGCAGCACCAGUGGCCAUGCCCGCUGCACAUGAACCUCCAGACACGUCAUCUCGGUCGAAAGCAAAACCCUCCGUCGACGCGGGAGAGGGCGCGGCGCUGCGAAAACGCUCGCGGUCACGUGGCGCAAGGCGACCGUCGUUGGACGUUGAGAAGCCGUUGGAGCUUGAGACUCCCGAGGAUGAAGACCCGCAGCUGCGAGACGAGGGAGGGUACAAGGGGCGACAGGCUUUCAGCGUGAGCGAGUUGCUCUACCUCGCGUAUGAGUCUGUGGGCGUGAUAUACGGGGAUAUCGGGACAUCGCCUCUCUAUGUCUUCUCUUCAACAUUCGUGAAGCCGCCCAGUCGUGCCGAUAUUCGCGGGGCGCUUUCCUUAAUCAUCUGGUCUCUCACCGUCAUAGUCACGCUCAAGUAUGUUCUGAUCAUUCUGCGCGCCGACAACGACGGCGAGGGUGGAUCGUUUAGCACAUACUCGCUGCUCUCUCGAUAUGCAAACAUCUCAAAUAGCGAUCCUCGCGACGCAGCAAGAUCGCGCAAAUCACGUGUUCUGUUCAGUCGAUCGCAAAAACACGUCCGCUCGACGAUUGAGAAAACCACCUUCUUCCGCUAUCUCCUCCAGGCGAUAGGCGUCUUCGCCGUGUCCAUGGCCAUUGCAGAUGGCGUCCUGACCCCCGCCCAGUCCGUCCUCGGCGCAGUGCAGGGCCUGAACGAGAUCAACCGGAGCAUCUCCAAGUCGACCAUCAUCGGCGUGACGUGCACUAUUCUGGUUGUGUUAUUCCUCGCCCAGCCGUUUGGCAUCAACCGCUGGUCGAAGGCGUUCUCCCCGAUUGUCAUUGUGUGGCUGGCGCUCAACUCGGCGUUCGGCAUGUACAACCUCGCUCGGCACGACCAUGGCAUGCUGCAGGCGUUCAACCCGUACUAUGCGUUCGACUACCUCGCCCGCAACAAGUACGACGGCUGGCGCAGUCUCGGCGGCAUUCUGCUCUGCUUCACCGGCGUGGAGGUGUUGUUUGCCGGCAUUGGCGCCUACAGUCGCCAGGCGAUCCAGGUCAGCUGGAUCGGGUUCGUGUACCCCAGUCUGCUCCUGACGUACGUUGGGCAGGCGGCGUUCAUCGCGGAGCGGCCUGAGGCGUAUGCGGAUCCGUUCUUCAACUGCGCGCCGCCGGGGUGGCUGAUCCCGUCUUUCAUCAUCGCCAUCCUCGCGGCCAUAAUCGCGUCGCAGUGCAUCAUCACUGCCACCUUCCAUCUCUUCGCCCAGCUCAUGAAGCUCUCCUACUUCCCCCAGAUCCAGGUCAUCCACACCUCCAAGACGUACUACGGCAACUUCUACAUCCCUGUUGUGAACUGGCUGCUCAUGAUCGGCACCGUUCUUGUGGCUGCAAUCUACAACAACACCGCCGCCCUCGGUGACGCAUACGGCGUCUGCGUCAUGUUUGUCACGCUCUUCGACACCAUCCUCGUCACCCUCAUCGCCAUCCUCGUGUGGCGUAUAAAACCUUAUUAUAUCGUGCUCCCUCUCGUCGCCAUCUGCAGCCUUGACGGCACCUUCCUCAGCUCCGCGCUCGCCAAGGUCCCCGUCGGCGGCUGGUUCACGAUCCUGCUGUCGUGCGUGCUGGCGUGCAUCUUCGCGCUGUGGCGCUUCGGCAAAGAAGCGCAGUGGAAAUCCGAAGCCGAAGACCACUACACCACAACGCACUUCGUGCGCGCGCGCUCCUCAGGCACCCUCGAACUAACCCCGCGCUUCGGCGGGCGCGAACUAAGCUCCAUGGGCGGCGUCGGCAUCUUCUUCGACAAAGAAGGCACAACCACGCCCAUCGUGUUCUCGCAGUUCAUCCGCAAGCUCGUCACCGCGCCCGAGGUCAUGGUGUUCUUCCACCUGCGGCCGUUCGCCACGCCCACGGUCCCGCUCGAGCUGCGCUACAGCGUCACCCGCCUCGCGAUCCCGCACUGCUACCGCCUCGUCGUCGACCACGGCUACAAAGACGAGGUCUUCACCCCGGACCUCUCCGCGCUCAUCUACGAGCAAGUCCGCGCCCACAUCGUCGCGCGCGGCGCGAAACCGCACCCGGACGCCGCGCCCCCGCCGCCGCCGAACCCGCGCCGCGCGUCGGGGAUCCUGAAAAACCCCUCUGCGGGUGCGGCCGUGGCGACGUCCGUCGGUGUCCCCGCGUCCACCACAACCCACCCCCGCUCCCCCUCCAUCUCCCCCCCUCCCGCGCCCACACUACGCGACGACACAGCAACGCGCCUCGCGACCCUCGACCGCGCAUUCGCGCCCCCCGCAGCAAUCCUCUACAUCAUCGGCAAAGAGCAGAUGCGGAUCCGGCCCGCGACGGCGUGGUGGCGGCGGGUGCUGCUGCGCGGGUUCAUUGUGCUAAGGGAUAAUACGCGGGCCAAGGUGCAGAGUCUGCGGGUGCCGAUUGAGGGGGUGGUGGAGGUGGGGUUUGUUAAGGACGUUUGAGAGAUGGGGGGGCUGGGUUUGAGGUUGAAAUUGAGACGAGAUCGAGGGGUUGGAUACGCAGUCACGACUCAACGGCCGUGUGCCGUCCCACUAGCGGGCAUGCGGGAUGCGAGGUGUAAAACGGGGUCCGGAGUGAUACUCACGGGGCAGAUUCUUCUUGUACAUAUGUAUAGACGGUCAC